UGAGCUUCAGCCCUCCCCAAGCAACGACCAACGGCAACGAAACAUUACGACUCACGACGCUUGACCGAUCGAUCGCUUGUCUUCUUACAACAUUAAACAAAUCAUCUAAAAAUCGCCAUAAUGGAGUUUGGUAACGCUGGAGUGUUGAACGAGGAUGGUAUCCAUGUAGAUAUGGAUCGCCUCAAGAAGGGAGAGGUCAACCUGGGAACAUCGAUUAUGGCAGUUACUUUCAAGGACGGUGUCAUUCUGGGUGCGGAUUCACGAACAACGACCGGUGCCUACAUCGCAAACCGAGUGACAGACAAGUUGACGAGAGUACACGACACCAUUUGGUGUUGCCGAUCUGGCUCGGCCGCCGACACUCAGGCCGUUGCUGAUAUUGUUCAAUACCAGCUUGGACUCUUCGCCAUGACCAACGGAAAGCCUCCUAUGACACAGACCGCUGCGUCAAUCUUCCAAGAGAUUUGCUACGCCAACAAGGACCGCCUAUCUGCCGGUCUGAUUAUUGCUGGCUGGGAUGAGCGAUUCGGUGGUCAGGUUUACUCCAUUCCUCUGGGAGGUUCUCUUCACAAGCAGUCGUACGCCAUUGGUGGUUCUGGAUCGACUUAUAUCUACGGUUACUGUGAUGCCAACUGGCGAGAGGGCAUGGAGAAGGACGAUGCUGUCAACUUCGUCAAGGGAGCCUUGAGAGAGGCUAUCAAGUGGGAUGGCAGCUCCGGUGGUGUCAUUCGUAUGGUUGUUCUCACUAAGGAGGGAGCGGACCGACACCUGUAUCUCCCUGACACCGACUACGCUGUGCGGCAUGAGUAAUGGUCCUCGGUGAACAGGACAUAACGAGGAAGAGGAGUAAUGAUCCAGCAUGAGCAGUGCCAUGAAACUCGCCAUGACAGUGGGCGCAUGAACAAGGAAAACAAAUUCCACAGACGCCCAUGACAGAUAUCGAGGUGAUGAUUGAAGAGGGCAUGGCCAGGCUCUUUCAAGAAACAACGAAUUGUAGUUGCAAGAAAGUUAGACAUCACUCGGCGCUGUACACUAGAUAAUGAGAUCAAGAAAGACAACACCUUUAGCGAUCUCACUGACAUAGACUAAA